UCCAGUGUUGGCGGCGUUGGCUUCUACCGACAGAAUCCAACAUGGAGUAACCAGAGAUGGGGCUCGUACGGGGCCAUCCUCACCGACAUCAACGCACGAUUUCAAUUACCGCAUUUCAGCAUGGGGCGCGACGGGAUUAAAUCGGUGGAGGUAUUUCAAAGGGAUUUACACUCUCGUGGAUGCACUCGAAUAAUUGUAGUGAAGCGCUGAGAGACGAAGAAGAGAAGCAAGAAAUAACGCAAACAAACAAACAUAGAACAGAAAAACACUCGGAAAACUAGGCUGACACUGUUACGGUGUGUGAUCGAGGUGUUGGACGAGAAGGGCAAGACAAAAUGAAGACACCACACAAUGUACCCUCGGUGGGAUAUUAUUGUAGGUGAAACAAAAAAAAUGACCGAGGAAACACACCCAGACGAUGACAGCUACAUUGUGCGCGUCAAAGCGGUGGUCAUGACCCGGGACGACUCGAGUGGCGGCUGGCUGGCCCAGGACGGCGGGUGCCUCAGCCGUGUGGGCGUGUGCAAGGUGCUGUCGGCCGAGCUGCUGGGCCGAAGCAGCUUCCUCAUCCACGGCGAGCGCCUCAAAGACAAACAGGUGAUUCUGGAAUGCUUCCUGAAGAAGGAUCUGGUGUACACCAAGGCCACGCCCACAUUUCACCACUGGAAAGUAGACAACAAGAAGUGUGGCUUGACGUUCCAGAGCCCGGCCGACGCACGCGCCUUCGACCGUGGGGUCAGGAAAGCCAUGGAGGACCUGACGGAAGGUACGAGAGGGGAAGGCGAAGACUAUGCGGGCUGCAUCUCAAUGCUCUUGAACGGAUCUACCACCUCUUCGACCAUCCAGAACGAGGCCGAGUUGGGCGACGAUGAUGUUUUCACUAAUGCCACCGACAGCUCGUCCAACUCCUCCCACUCCCAGAAGAAGGAGCCCCUGCAGCUGCAGACCCUGGCCCCGCCCAGCUUCUGCGAGCCGCGCCGCCACCACUGCAUCCUGGGCCACUUCUACGAUCAGCACCGACCCUCGGACCACUACUUCCUGGAUCAGUCGGUUCCCAUGUUCCCACGCCACGUCAGCUUCCAGGUGGAGGAGGAGGAGAUCGUGCGCAUCAACCCUCGCGAGCGGACCUGGCUGACUGGGUACGAGGACUACCGGCACGCCACCGCCACGCGCGACAAGCUCAUCCAGCACCCCGAGGACGCCGACGCCUACGUGCACUUCGCCAAGAGCGAGCCGCCCAAGCACGACUACACCUACCCUUACCCCCUGGGCCUUGAUCCCCACCAGCAUGCAAGGGACCCCAAGAUAGGCUGCGUGGACCGACUUGGUGGGGGCGGCCUUAUCGGGGGACGCAGGGCGGUGGUCACAGCCCAGCCCCGCACCCUCCAGCUCAAGGGCAAGCGGCGGAAGGAAGACGGCGAGCGCUCGCGCUGCGUCUACUGCCGGGACAUGUUCAACCACGAGGAGAACAGGCGCGGGCGGUGCCAGGAGGCGCCGGACCCAAUCCAGACGUGCAUCCACCGGGUCAGCUUCAUGUGGUGCGCGGACAGCCUGCUCUACCACUGCAUGUCGGACCCGGAGGGCGACUACUCGGACCCGUGCUCGUGCGACACCAGCGACGAGCGCUUCUGCCUGCGCUGGCUGGCCCUGGUUGGGCUGUCGCUGCUGGCCCCCUGCAUGUGCUGCUAUGCCCCCCUGCGCGCCUGCUACCGCUGCGGGGUGGCCUGCCACUGCUGCGGGGGCAAGCACAAAGCCGUGGGCUGAGGGCCAGGAGGGAGAGAGAGAGUGGAGAGUAGAACAGAGACCCAUGGAAGGGACUGGACCGGAAGAGGGUGGCCCCGCUAUUCUUUUGUUUUGAGUUUUUGUUUUCGCUGUUGUGUCUCUCAGCCAAAUUCCAGAUGGGAAAACAAUUGGCUUGUCCCGAUUCUUUUCUAAAUGGAAAUUUCUCUCGGUGGAAAGAAAGAGAAAAAAUAAGUUUCCUAAUGUUUUUUAUUUUAUUUUUAUAGGGGUACCCUGCCUACGGCUUCCACGUCCUUGCAUUACAAAGACUAAAACAAUGAAUAUUCAUAUAUAAAUAUAUAUAAACAGGUACUUUAUAUUUUUACACUCAUGUGUUUUAAAGGCUUGAAUAUUUUUAUUUUUAUCAGUGUUUUGUGUGAGGUCAGCGUGAGCGUUGUUUUCUGAGGGGGGCUCUCACUGUGUUCCCCUCGCAUGGCUCACCACCAAUCACAGAUCAAGCUGGUUCCCGCCUGUAAAGCAGAGGCACUUAAAUCAAGGCUGUGUCCUAAAUGGUACCUUAUUCCUUAUAAAGUGCACUACUUUUGAUCAUAGCCCCAUGGGCCCUUGUCUAAUGUAGUGCAAUAUAUAGGUAAUACAGUGCCAUGUGGGAUGCAGCCUAACUGUGAUCACGUCUGCCCCUCCCAGCCAAUGAAACAAAAGAAAAGGCAAACGUUUAACCAGUGUUUCCUCAUUCUGCACCUUGUCUACCCCUGACCUAGCCUGUUCCCAGAUCAAUUAGACCUGGGGCCAGGCUACCCCUGACCAUACAGAUUUUUUAAAACCAAAUUAAACCUAAUAUCAAUGAAUGUCAGUGGAGACACACCAGGGGGAAAAACCUGAAAGUACCAUUCUACUGCUUAGUCAAAUUAGACUGAAUGUAUUGUGGAUUCGACCCAGAACAAAAUCUAAAAUGGGUCAGGGGUACUUGAGUAUUGGAUGGGGAAACUCUGCUUUAGACACUUAAUCUGUAGGGUUGUUGUGUGUGUCUGUGUGACUUCCUAUGUGCAAAAGUCUGGAAAAUGGAAUGGGCAACAAUGUAUCCCUGAUUGCAAUUGUGACUUCAACUAAAAGCCAAAAUGACAAAAUAAGCUGCAGCAUUUAUAUAGAGUAUCUAAAUUAGUCCUUUUUUUUUAAAAAGGUAAUAAUCCUCAAUCAACUGUUUAUUACUGUGGAGGAGAACUCGAGCCUUAGGUGACUUUUAAUUCAGUUGAUGUUUGAUGAUAAUCUUUUGAUAUAGUUAUUUAUUUGCCUUGCUAAAUUUAGACACCAGCCUAGGGGGUUAAGAGGAAGGGAACGGUCCCAUUUGUAAACUAAACACAGCCAAGAGGGGAAGAGGAGGGUUUUUUUGUCACCUUUUGAGAUGGAUGAUGUCGUUGUCCACACUAGUGUCAUUGGUGCUUUCUUUUGCCUUUCAAAAGGAUACUCAACGAGGCUAACUGUCAGGGAAUCGCUAUCUAUAGAGUUUUGCUAAACUUUAGCUCGAGAGAAAGACACAGUUUUGAUCUGGUCGUUCAUCUUUCCCCACAAGGGUAUAAGAUUGUGGGUUCUCCAAUGAAGGGACCUGCUAGCACACCUGAUUCAACUAAUCACCUAAUUGUGUUCUUUAUUCUAUACCAUGAUUAGCUGAUACAGGUGCGUUACUGCAGGGCUGGAACGAAAGGCUGCACACCCAGUAGCUGUCCAAGACCAGAGUUGGAGACGUGUUUAAUCUAUUCUUCUGUAGUCCAAUAACUCCCUCUCCCUGGUAUUUUACUCAGUAUUACAUUACAGCCAAGGGAAAGAGAGGAGGCUGUCUGUCAGCCAAUCACAUCAGUCAGGCAGAUGGGGUCAAAAUAUAUACACAAAUAAAAUGGACGCUACAGCAUAUAUAUACAUCAACAUAUGUACAGUUGAAGUCGGAAGUUUACAUACACUUAUGUUGGAGUCAUUAAAACUAGUUUUUCAACCACUCCACUAAUUUCUUGUUAACUAUAGUUUUGGCAAGUCGGUUAGGACAUCUACUUUGUGCAUGACACGAGUAAUUUCCCAACGAUUGUUUACAGACAGAUUAUUUCACUUUAUCACAAUUCCAGUGGGUCAGAAGAUAUACACUAAGUUGACUGUGCCUUUAAACAGCUUGGAAAAUUCCAGAAAUUAUGUCAUGGCUUUAGAAGCUUCUGAUAGGCUAAUUGACAUCAUUUGAGUCAAUUGGAGGUGUACCUGUGGAUGUAUUUCAAGGACUACCUUCAAACUCAGUGCCUCUUUGCUUGACAUCAUGGGAAAAUCAAAAGAAAUCAGCCAAGACCUCAGGAAAAAAACAAUUGUAGACCACAAGUCUGGUUCAUCCUUGGGAGCAAUUUCCAAACGCCUGAAGGUACCACAUUCAUCUGUACAAACAAUAGUUUGGGACCACACAGCCGUCAUACCGCUCAGGAAGGAGACACGUUCUGUCUCCUAGAGAUGAACAUGCGAAAAGUGCAAAUCAAUCCCAAAACAACCGCAAAGGACCUUGUGAAGAUGCUGGAAGAAACAGGUACAAAAGUAUCUAUAUCCACAGUAAAACAAGUUCUAUAUCGACGACAUCUGAAAGGCCGCUCAGCAAGGAAGAAGCCACUACUCCAAAACCGCCAUAAAAAUGCCAGACUACGGUUUGCAACUGCACAUGGGGACAAAGAUCGUACUUUUUUGAGAAAUGUCCUCUGGUCUGAUUAAAAAAAUAUAUAACUUUUUGGCCAUAAUGACCAUCGUUAUGUUUGGAGGGAAAAGGGGGGUGCUUGCAAGCCAAAGAGCACCAUCCCAACCGUGAAGCACGGGGUGGCAGCAUCAUGUUGUGGGGUGCUUUGCUGCAGGAGGGACUGGUGCACUUCACAAAAUAGAUGGCAUCAUGAGGGAGGAAAAUUGUGGAUAUAUCGAAGCAACAUCUCAAGACAUCAGUCAGAAAGUUAAAGCUUGGUCGCAAAUGGGUCUUCCAAAUGAACAAUGACCCCAAGCAUACUCCCAAAGUUAUGGCAAAAUGGCUUAAGGACAACAAAGUCAAGGUAUUAGAGGGGCCAUAACAAAGCCCAGACCUCCAGCCUAUAGAAAAUUCAGGAGGAAUUUAAAGGCAAUGCUACCAAAUACUAAUUGAGUGUAUGUAAACUUCUGACCCACUGGAAUUGUGAUAGUGAAUUAUAAGUGAAAUCUGUCUGUAAACAAUUGUUGGGAAAAUGACUUGUCAUGCACAAGGUAGAUGUUCUAACCAACUUGCCAAAGCUAUAGUUUGUUAACAAGAAAUUUGUGGAGUGGUUGAAAAAAUAGUUUUAAUGACUCCAACCUAAGUUGGACUUCAACUGUAUGUGUAUAUAUAUAUAUAUAUGUGUGUAUAUAUGUAUGUAUUGAAACAACAAAAACUAGCCUCAAAUUCAAACCACCCUGUAACCUCACCUCGUGGGAGAAACAUUGUUUGAUUUUUCCCUGUAGGAAGCACAACACUAAUCAGAAAAACCUUAUGAACAAUAUGCGCAAAUUGCUGUGAAGUACCCGGUCUCGAGUCGCAUCAAUGUGGCAGAAAAUACAUCUUAUGCCAUCUAUCGCAAUCAUUCAUUAACUAAUCGUCAUAACCAUUCGAGUUCCGAGCAAUGUCUGGAGUUAAAUGGGCGAUGGCAUCAUGGCGUUGCAGGUUCUGUACGAAAGCUGUCGUUGUGUCCAAGUCUUUCUCUUUACCCUCUCUUUUUCUCUCGCCGCCUUUCUUCCUUCCCUUUUUCUGCUGUGUGUCCCUGUUUGUCAGCUUUGCAAUACUGUUGCCAUUCAUUGUAGAGAAGAUCCUAGUUUUAUUUUUCUAUCUGUGGUAAAAGAAAAGUUAACCAAAAGCAGUUUGUCUGUUUUGGUGCGGUGUCUAAGUCCUGCACACAUUUAACUAUUAAAGGAAAGUGCCUGAA